UGUCGUGCGGACGCCGGUUGCUAUGGUGCGGGCGGGCCGUGAGUGAGGGCCCGGCGGCAGGUGACCGGCUUCUCCUUGUCGUUUGUUUCCACUUCGAUAAAGGAUGGACAACUCGGGAACGGGCGGAGGUUUGCGAGCCGGCUUCGGCCUUUUCGGCGGCGGUGCGGGAGCAGCCGGGAGUUCGGGGGCCGAUUACUCCCAGCCCGACCUUUCCCGCGUCCCCUUGACUGGAAUGAGCCCCUUGUCUCCAUACCUGAACCUUGAUCCUAGAUAUUUGAUCCAGGAUACUGAUGAAUUUAUAUUACCAACAGGAGCAAAUAAGACGAGAGGAAGAUUUGAGCUGGCAUUUUUUACAAUUGGUGGCUGCUGUAUGACUGGUGCUGCUAUCGGUGCAGUAAAUGGCUUGCGUCUGGGCUUGAAGGAAACUCGGGAUAUGGCUUGGUCAAAACCUAGAAAUGUUCAAAUCCUGAACAUGGUCACAAGGCAAGGAGCUCUGUGGGCCAACACACUGGGCUCCUUGGCUCUCUUAUACAGCACAUUUGGUGUUGUGAUCGAAAAGGUUCGAGGUGCAGAGGAUGACCUGAACACAGUGGCAGCGGGGUCCUUAACAGGCUUACUAUACAAAUCCACAGCUGGACUUCGCGGAGCUGCACGGGGAGGACUUAUUGGCUUCACUCUGACUGGACUCUAUGCUCUCUAUAACAAUUGGGACCAUCUAAAGGGCAUGUCUGUGCGACAUUCCCUCUGAGACUGCACUAUGGGAAUUUUGUGGGAAGAGCCAAGGUAGACAUCUGAAUAGGAAAUAAGUACAGUAUAUGAGACCUGAAUUCUGACUUGCAUCAGCUAUUUUUUCAAGAAAACUAUUAAAUGUCACUUUAUCCUUAAUAUUUUUUGUGAUUUGAUUUGGAAGGCACUCGCACAUUGAGUGGAUUACUGGUUGAUUGAUCCCAAUCUCACUGUGUCAUUAAAAUGAGCAGAGUCGGCAGAAGUGACAAAUUCCACCAGUCAUGGCUCUGAGAUUGGCAGCAAUCCCAAAUAGAAUGGAUCAGUGUAGAAUGAUUCUUGGGUCACUAGACCAGUGAGAUAAUUAAUUAAUUGAUCAAACUCUCCAUUGGUAGAAACUGAAGAGUGCACUAGCAUUGAGCAGAGUGAUGCAGUGAGACAUUGGAUCAGAAUCUUCACACUUUGGAAUCCCCAGGCCAUUUCUAUAAGAAUCUGUCCCACUUAACUGUUUUAAAUGGCCAACUUUAUUCUACAGCUGUGUAAUAAUGUCUGAGCUCAGUUUAUAGAGGUAUUAAUAUAUCAUGGGCUGCUCAUGCCAUCUAUUGUGUCAUCUCAACUUCUGCAAUGAUAUAGGGUGUACAUUCUCCAAUCCUGACAACACUCAUGCCUUUACCCAGUGUGUCUGAUCUAUGAGCAGCAGCCUUGUGUGCUGCACUGGUUGUUCACUAACUGUUCUGCUAGUCUCCCAUGCAGCAAAUUGGAUUUUCAUUCAAGUGUUCUGAAUUAUGGCAAAGUAGCUGAUCAGAUAGUUUCCUUUCACUUCCUGUAUUGUGUAGCACUAGCUGAGAAUGGAUUAGUUAAGCUCCUGACUUUGUAUUACACAGCCCAGCUUUGCCCUAUGUUGUGGCUGAGUGGAAUGUUUCAUGCACGUCAGCAUUUAUAAUUUUGUUAUGAGGGUGAUGUGGUGCCACUGCUGGUCCCAACCUACUUGUUUAAUUUGCCAUCACUUCAGAAUCAACUCUUUUGUUCCAGUAAAACAAACUUCACAUGCCAUUUGUUUUAUUGAUGUACUUCGAAUACAAUAAAGCUGUAUAAAUACUUGGUAAUUAUGGACACGCUUUGAAAAAAUGAGAGCAAUAGUUGUUGUGAAGAAAAUAAAAUUGUGGCCUGGAAUAGGAAAACCAAGGUUGACAACUGAAGAUAAAGAUGUUGAGAAUGGGUGUCAAAGAGGGAAGCUUGUCAUUAAUCUGUUAAUCACUUGUAAAAUAUUGGAGGAAUCCAGGGAAAAGUCCACAGGGACUCUGCUGGAGAAAGAACUUGUGAACUGGACCUCUAAUUAUUACCUGAGUUAUUUGGGUCAAAGCCUCCAACCCUUUUAACUGUUCUAUUUGUAUUUUUUUUAAUCAAAUGUAUUCUAUUAGAAGAAUCUAGUCACAAACUGUAUGGCAAGCACAGAAUAAAGAAAAGCUAUUUAUUGUGUAAUAAA